CAGAUUUCAAUUUCAGUCAGUAUUCAAUUCACACACAGAAUUCUUCAAAAAAUUUCAGUCGACUCUUCUUCGACCGACCGACAGUCGCACAUCUAAUUUUGAUCUCAUUAUAAUUUGAGAGAUCCCAAAUAAAAUAAAAUAUUAUAUAUACCUACUUAUAACUUACAACAACCACUCGAUUAUAAAAAAAUUUAAUAUAUUGAAAGAAAAUCAAAGAAGAACAAAAAAAAAAAUCGAGCCCUAUAUUGGAUAAAAAAUCGAUUUUAUAUCACAUCGUCGUUUUGUCGUAUUGUUGUAAUUGAAAUAAAAUUUAUUGUUAUUUUCUAUUCAAGAAGGAAACGACGUCUUGUUGUGAAAAAAUCAAAUCAAAAAAGCUUUUGUUGCUUGUUAAUAAGUUAAUUAUUAAAUUUAUUGAAAGAUGUUUUCCAUAUUACCAAGAAUAUCAAGGCAAUCGGCGGCUUUUAGAUAUCAUGAACGCUGCAUUAGUUCUGUAGUACCAUUAGCAAAUCUACCCGAUACUGGUAUUGUAAAUGAACCAAUUUUAACAUAUAGCAAGGAUUCCCCCGAACGAAAUGCUCUUAAAGCUGCCCUCAAAUCGACCGCAGCUAAAUGCGAAGAAAUACCCAUCAUUAUUGGUGGCAAGGAAAUUAAAACAAAAGAUGUACGUUAUCAAGUGAUGCCACAUAAUCAUUCGCACAAAAUAGCCAAAUUCUAUUGGGCCGAUCAGAAGAUUAUCGAAAAUGCAAUUGAAGUUGCUUGUGAUGCACAAACCAAAUGGGAUCGUACGCCAUUAAGUGAGCGUGUUAAAAUAUGGAAUCGAGCUGCCGAUUUAAUGGCUACAAAAUAUCGUCAAGAAUUGAAUGCCGCUACAAUGUUGGGUCAAGCAAAGACUGUUAUUCAAGCUGAAAUUGAUUCAGCAGCUGAAUUAGUUGAUUUUAUACGAAUGAAUGCGUACUUUUUGAAAGAAUGCACAAAAUAUCAGCCAAUUAGCGAAAAUGUAAAAGUGACUAGAAAUUCGAUGAGGUAUCGUGGUAUUGAUGGUUUUGUUGCUGCUGUCAGUCCUUUCAACUUCUCAGCGAUCGGUGGCAAUUUGGCUUAUACGCCUGCAUUAAUGGGAUGUGCAGUAUUAUGGAAACCAUCUGAUACAGCAGUGCUGUCGAAUUGGCGGAUUUUCAAUGCUAUGAGGGAAGCAGGUGUUCCAGAUGGUGUUGUGAACUUUGUUCCUGCUGAUGGACCAGUUUUUGGUGAUACAAUUACUAAAUCACCUCAUUUGGCUGGUAUUAAUUUUACUGGUUCAGUGCCAACAUUUAAUCGUUUAUGGAAACAAGUUGGCAACAACAUUGACAAAUACGUAAACUUCCCUCGAUUAGUUGGAGAAUGUGGUGGAAAGAACUUCCAUUUUAUCCAUCCUUCAGCUGAUUUAGAAAGUGCUGUAGCAUCGACAAUUCGUUCCGCAUUUGAAUUUUGUGGCCAAAAAUGUUCAGCUUGUUCAAGGUGUUAUGUUCCAGAAUCAUUAUGGCCAAAAAUGAAAGCAGGACUUGUGGAAAAAGCUAGCAAAUUGAAAAUUGGUGAUGUUCAAGAUUUCUCAUCAUUUGCUGCAGCAGUUAUUGAUGAAAAGGCAUUCCAGCGAAUUACAUCCUACAUUGAACAUGCGAAAAAAAAUUCGAAUACUGAAGUUUUAGUUGGUGGAACAUAUUCCGAUGAGAAGGGAUACUUUAUACAUCCAACUAUUGUUGAGAGUAAGGAUCCUCAUGACAAAUUGAUGACGGAAGAAAUUUUCGGGCCACUCUUAACGGUUUAUGUGUACAAGGAUAGUGCUUUAGAAGAGACUAUGAAAAUGGUUACCACGUCAACGCCAUUUGCACUAACUGGUGCUGUAUUUGCGACUGAUGAAUCCUUCCUUAUACAUGCCCUGGAUAAAUUUAAAAUGGCAGCUGGUAACUUCUACAUCAAUGACAAGUCAACUGGGGCCGUUGUAGGACAACAACCCUUUGGAGGUGGUCGAAUGUCUGGAACAAACGACAAAGCUGGUGGCCCACAUUAUAUACUUCGUUGGACAUCACCUCAAGCUAUUAAAGAGACAUUUGUUCCUCAACGAGAUGUUGAAUAUCCUUACAUGAAGGAGUAAGCACUAUCAUAUAACUCUAUCUUUCUCUCUCUUUAUUUUUUUAUUUGAAUAUAUUAUAAUGUUAACUAUUUAAAUACACGUUAAUUAAGACAAUAAGAAAAACAAAA